UGUGGUCGCUGUUUUUGCCGAUGUUGUUGUUGUUGUAGUACCAUUCUCAAUAUUAAAUUAGCCAGCUACAUGCUGCUGUUGUUCUCGCAAUGAUUUUACUAAUUGUAAACAUUUGUGUUGGCUUCGUGAUCGCUCAACUGCCGUCUACUGUCUACUCAGCUGCAGCCAUCAGCGAGUGUCCCUCACGCAGCGUGUCACAGGUACGCAGUGAAGUGGAAGCAGCGGCCGAAAUAUCUUUACUCUUUUACUACGUGUCGUGGUCGAGCGAUGCCAGACAGGCGCGUUUAGUCUAUGACGGCGUGGCGCAUUAUUACAAGGACUAUGCAGCGUUUGGUGCCAUCGAUUGCUGGCACUUGCAGUGCAAUUGCACACGUACUCAUCAGCAGCUGCCCGGUAUGGCGGUCAAUGGUGGCUAUCCAGACAAGUGGCCCACAUUAAUUGUGAAUUAUGGGCGACAGUUGCGAUUGCAGUAUCAGGGUGCUUGGCACUUUGAGGAUCUAACGCGAUUCAUGAACAAUCUCAUCCAGCCCAUUGAUCGUGUCCACAGCACUGCUGAGCUAGGGGCCCUUUGGAAGAUCUCGGACGCCGUUGUGCUCGCCCUACUCGACUCUGCCGAUGGCUUGGCCUACAAACGAUUUGUCGCAACGGCGCUGCAUUGGCUGGAAUUCGAUCCCGAGCGUAAUGUCCGCUUUGCCGUCACCUUUGGACCCAGUGCCAAGCAGAUGUUUAAAGUGCAGCGAGUGGCUCUGCCGCAAUUGGUGGUCAUCGAUAAUCGUCAUGGACUACACAGUUACAAUGACACAAACAGCUGGCUGCCCUCGGACAUUUUACAUUGGUUGCGGCCCAAAGUCAAUCCGCUGCUGGCCGCCGGCUAUGGCACACCAGUGAAGAUUGCGAUGAAGGCACGACACAUGCCCGUCCUGGCCAUGGGAAUUCGCAUGCAGCAACAGUCACAGCAGCAUCCGUCGUCGGCUAUUCCUCUGGUCAUGGGUCAUGAGGAACUGUUUGGCAAGGAGAAUGUGGACUGCGAGCAGUACUGGCAACAAGAUCACUCAACGGGCGAAGAGACUCAGCUGCCAAUGCCACGUCAGCUGUCUACGGAUAGUUGUCAGCUACCAAUCUCGCCAGUAGGUUGCAGCGUAUUGAUCAAUUAUUAUCGGCUCAACGCGUACCUCAAUUAUCUGUGGUCCCAGUAUAGUUAUCAAAGCCAUGUGGAGGCGGAGGCUCGUCAACUACUGGCACUGCAUACACGUUGCCGUUGUCUGGCCCACACACAUGCUCAGCACAGUACGCCGGCUGUGAAGAUUGGCAUUGCCAAACUGGUGAACAAGUACAGUCACCUGAUGUGGCAGCAUUCGACGGAGCAGCCAGCUCAGAAUCGAUCACUGGUCGUAGUGCUCUUUGACGCAACGAAAUAUCGUGAUUUUCUACAUCAGUUGGGCAUAAGCGAUCAACAACAGCAGCCAAGCAAACGCGACGCUACUGGUGGAGUACAGGUGUUCAUUGUGGAUGCAGCAAGAGAAGCACUGCAUGUGAUGCCACAGCAUCAAUCCUUUUCUUACGUGGCACUGAAGGAGUUUAUCAAGCAGUUUUAUGCACGGCAAUUGCCGCGCGUUCAAAAGAAUGCCAUGUUGCCAACAAUAGCAUUGCCUCAAGCAUCGUACAUAGAAAGCUAUAAUCGGCAAUUGUUGCUUCAGGCCCUGCACCGAUCUAACACCACGAAUGUUGUGCUGAUGCAUCGUCCAGACUGUGCGCUGUCCGCCGUAAUGUCUCAGGCCCUAAUGCAAGUGUCCGCCUUGCUGCGAAGUCCUGAUCUGCACUUCAUACGUUUCGAUAAUCAGGCGAAUGAUUUGCCCUGGGAACUAUCGAUGCCAUCGACACCAGCUCUGCUUGUCUUUCCGCAAGCUCGCUCAACGGAAAGUGUUGUAUUUCCUUCGGACGUUCGAGCAGAUACUGCAAAUAUUAUGUCCUUCAUUCUAGCGCAGUUGGAGCCGGAGCAGCAAUUGCGGCUUGUAUUAGCCAGUUGUCGUCGAAGAAUGCGACAUGCUCGCAGUUGUUUGGACUUCGCUGGCAAACUGGUACUCCAGCAUGUCAGCCAAUAUCUCAGAUACUGGGAAGUAUUUGUGAAGGAACGUGACGUGAUUUUAUCGCAGCUGAAGCAAUUCAAUGAAAUGCACUUGGCAAUCGAAAGUAGCAUAAAGUUAUAGUUCUUGAUAUUACUGGUUAGUUUAGGUAGCAUUUAAAUAAUUGUAUGUAUAUUGGAUACAUUGGCUACGAAGAAAGUAAAAGUAAUGUUGAUCCCUCAUAAGCUAGUUUAAGCUAUUAGUAA